AUGAUCACUGCUCCUAGCUUCAAGCCUCUCAAUACAGAGCUUUUCGACCGACGAGAUCCACAUAGCUAUGACGAUAGUGUCUUUGCGGUCAAGGAUGGGUUGAUCGUGGAGUUUUUGCCCAGACACGGGGAUCCAAAAGCACAGUUUGAGCUGGAGUUCAACUUCAAGCUCGCAAGAAAGGAGGAUGAACCCUAG